CUGAAGGGCCUGUUUCCACACUGUAAGUAAUCUAAUCUAAUCAAAAGUUAAGGAGGUUUUCUUUUCAGAAAAUGCUGUCUUUUUGACGAGGUGCAUGCAAACGAUGCAAUGGCACUAUUUCAAAAACCUGUAUCUAUCCCUCAAUCGAUUAAAGGUUAUUUAAUAAAAUUGAGGUUAUCUGCUCUAGCUUGCUGUGUGCCAAUUUGGCAGCCAAAUUUCAAAAUAUGUUACAUUUCAAAGAGUACUUCCCUCAUUGUAAAGCACUUCGGGGUAGCCCCACGGGUGGUGAUAAGCGCUAUAUAAAUGCAAGUUGUCUUUCGGAGACAUUGGUUUUUCCACAGUUACAGGAAGUUCCUGUUCAAAUUACACGGUGAAUAUUGGGAGCGGAAGUACUUCAAAUCGUAGAACGAGCAUUUUAGGAAACCCUGGAUUUACAAUCAGUUUUAAAUGGCACAAGAGCUGAAUGGAUUUGUGUGCAAUGGUCUGCCUUCUUCACCCGAUGAAAACGAAUUGCCUUCUGGCUUUCCACAAAAUAUUUGUGAUGAUGUACCUGAGGAGAAGUACCUGUGCAGCUUUUGUAAAAAUAUCUUGAGGAAAGCAUGCCAAACAUUGUGUGGACAUCGUUACUGCUGGGCAUGUGUCGAGUGGAUUGUCAAAUAUAAUAAAACUCCAAUUUGCCAAAAAUGUAAGGAAGAUGAACCUCCAAGUAUAAAUGAAGAUAGCAUUUUGGCCUUGGGAAAGAUUUUCACUGAUGCUGCAGUAUCUAAGGAGAUUUUAGAUUUGAAAGUACAUUGUAUCAAUCUUGGAUGUACCUGGAAAAACAUAUUGAAGAACUAUGAGGAUCACAUAACACAGUGCGAAUUUUCCCUGAUCCCUUGUAGUACAGGUUGUGGAUCAAUGAUUUUAAGGAGGAAACUGGCAGAUCAUUUGGAAAAAGAGUGUAAAAACAAUAUGACAGAAUGUCAACAGUGUGGUGUAAAGAUGUUUUUGAAAGAUUUGCAGAUGCAUACCUGUGAGGAAGCUUUUGCUAAUGAAAAGAAAACAUUUAAAGGUGAAUCAGCCAAUAAAGAAAAGUUUCGGCCUCCUGGAGGAAACCGUACCCGUGACAGCUGUCGUUUUGCAGAAUUGGGAUGCAAUUUCAAGGGUGGCAAAGAACGUCUCAAAGAUCACGAGAACUCUUCAGUUGUUGCACAUCUUGCCUCAGUAUUUCAAUUUGUCAAUACUUUGAAAACUACCUUUCUGCAGAAUUCCAGCAUUGCUAAUGGUUGCAGUGAUCAUUCAUCAAUGAUUUCUCUCUCAUCAAUGAUUGCUGAAUUACAGUUCAAAAUCCAGCAAUUAGACAAGGAUAUGUCCUCCUCAGAUUCUUUGGCCUCCUUGCACACCCAGGUUGCCAUGGAAUCUAAUGGUGACUUAGAAACUGAUCAUUUUGAAGGACCUACCUGUUCUAGUGAGUUUUCAAACUUGCAGACAGUCAGUUAUUCUGGUCAGACAUUGUCAGAGUGUCGAAAUAAAGUUGAUGCUCUUGAACUGAAAAUUCAGACAUUUGAAAAUAUUGUGACUGUUUUGAACAGAGAAGUAGAAAAAACCCAAGCUACUAUGGCUGCAUUUGAGAGGCAAAACAAGAUUGACCAGGAUGCCAUCAGAGCUUUGGAGCGAAAGGUUUCCGAUCAACAGCAUCUCCUUACUUUGAAAGACGUGAUCAUCAAUGAAUUCCGUUUGCAAAUACUUGCCUUGGAACAAACUUCUUAUGAGGGAAUAUUGAUGUGGAAAAUUACUGAUGUCAAUAGAAAACGCCAGGAAGCCAUUUCAGGCAAAGUAACAAACUUCUCCUCUCCAGCAUUCUACACCAGCAAAUAUGGGUAUAAAGUGUGUUUAAGAAUUUAUUUAAAUGGAGAUGGAUCAGGCCGAGGAACACACAUCUCUUUGUUCUUUGUUGUAAUGAGGGGUGAAUAUGAUGCUUUGCUUCAUUGGCCAUUUAAACAAAAGGUCACCUUCAUGCUUCUGGACCAGAACAACAGGGAACAUUUAAUAGAUGCCUUUCGUCCAGAUGUUAGUUCUUCCUCAUUUCAAAGACCAGUAAAGGAGAUGAAUAUUGCAAGUGGCUGUCCAAUGUUUAUCCCACUGGCCAAACUUGACGCUCCCAAACAGACCUAUGUGAAGGAUGACACCUUAUUCGUUAAAUGUAUCAUAGACGCUGCUACGUAAUUAGGAGGAGGGCUGGAACUCUGCAAAAAAAAAAGGAAAUCACAAUAUUUCUACAUUGCUUUGUGUUCCUAGAAAAUGAGAUACCCAUUCUGUACUUAGAAAA